CACCAACCAAACUCAGAAGAGAACACCCAUCACACCUCUCUCUCUCUCCCUCUCUCUCUCUCUCUUUCUCUCUCUCCGCCAUGGCCGCCGCCUCGUCCCUCACAUGCUCCGCCGUGGACCUCGCGGCCCUCCUCUCCUCCUCCGCCUCUGCCGCUGCGAACGCCUCCUCUUCUGCCUCCGCAGCCGCCGCCGCCGAAUUCAUCUGCGGCCAAAUCUCCGGUGUCUCCGGCAAGCUCUCCGACGUGACCUUCGCCGUCGACAACACCUUCCUCCUCUUCUCCGCCUACCUCGUCUUCGCCAUGCAGCUCGGCUUCGCCAUGCUCUGUGCCGGCUCCGUUCGCGCCAAAAACACCAUGAACAUAAUGCUCACCAACGUCCUCGACGCAGCCGCAGGAGCGAUCUCCUACUACCUUCCCUUCGCCUUUGGCACGCCUUCCAACGGCUUCAUCGGCCGCCAGCGGGAUUUCUUCGCCCUAAACGCAUUUCCUGAAGGCGCCGGCUUCGACUUCAGCUUCUUUAUGUAUCAAUGGGCGUUUGCAAUCGCGGCCGCGGGAAUAACCAGCGGUUCAAUCGCCGAACGCACACAAUUCGUCGCGUAUCUUAUAUACUCCUCUUUCUUAACCGGUUUUGUAUACCCGAUCGUGUCGCAUUGGUUUUGGUCGAGUGAUGGUUGGGCGAGUGCGACCCGGUCCGAUAAUAACCUCUUAUUCGGUUCCGGUUCGAUUGAUUUCGCCGGUUCAGGUGUGGUUCACAUGGUUGGAGGAAUCGCCGGUUUGUGGGGUGCCUUUAUCGAAGGACCAAGAAUCGGCCGGUUCGACAGGUCGGGUCGGUCCGUGGCCUUACGUGGCCAUAGUGCUUCACUCGUGGUUCUUGGUACGUUCUUGUUGUGGUUUGGUUGGUACGGAUUUAACCCCGGUUCUUUCCUAACCAUACUGAAACGGUACGGAGACGUUAACCUUCCGUACUAUGGCCAGUGGUCAGCCAUCGGCCGGACCGCCGUGACCACGACGUUAGCCGGCUGUACUGCCGCGUUGACGACUUUGUUCAGCAAACGUCUCAUGGUUGGACACUGGAACGUUAUCGACGUCUGUAACGGCCUUCUCGGCGGUUUCGCUGCAAUAACCUCUGGCUGUGCCGUGGUGGAGCCGUGGGCCGCAAUUGUGUGCGGAUUCUUCGCGUCGUGGGUCCUCACCGGAUGUAACUUCAUCGCCAAGAAACUGAAAUUCGACGACCCGCUCGAGGCGGCUCAGCUUCACGGUGGGUGUGGGGCCUGGGGAUUGCUCUUCACGGGAUUGUUCGCAACCAAGAAAUACGUCAAUGAGGUAUAUUCCGGCGACGGUGAGCGGCCGUACGGACUGUUUAUGGGAGGCGGAGGGAGAUUGCUUGCGGCGCAAGUAAUACAGAUUCUUGUGAUCGCCGGUUGGGUCUCUGCCACGAUGGGUCCUUUGUUUUAUGGAUUGCACAAGAUAAAGCUUCUCAGGAUAUCGCCGGAGGAUGAGAUGGCCGGGAUGGACAUGACACGUCACGGCGGGUUUGCUUACAUGUACAACGACGAGGAUGACGUGUCAGGGAAACCGUGGGGCCAGACCACCGGACGAGUGGAGCCCACCAGCCGGAGUAUGACUCCGACUCCGACGAUGUCCGUUUGAUCGGAGAUCGUUUUGUGUGGUGGAGAGUGAGACAGAGUUGUGAUAAGACAUGAAGACAAAAAGAGUUGGGAACCAAACUUUGUUGUGAUGCAUGUGUUUGUGGAGUUUGGGCCCUUUUUGUCGUUUUAUGAAAUCAUAUUUUAUUGGGAUUUAGGGAUCCACACACCCUUUUUCUUCGUGUAUAAACCAGGAAAAAAAAAGUCAACUCUUUUUGUCUGUAAUCUGGUUGCUGACUUUUAUUUAUGUGGUGUACUCUUUGAUUGUAAUAAGCUUUGAACAUAAUAACUGGUAAUGUUGACGUGGUGAUAGUAUUUUAA